UUGUGCCGCGGUGGCUGCUGGGAUAGCUCGGCCGCUGGUGUGGACAUGUCCGCCAUGUUUUCCCCGGUGCAGGGAGCCGCGCAUCCCGGAGGAUCGGCCCGUUAACCCCGCUGUGUGAUGAGUCAUCGCGCCCCCCGGAGCCGCGGACCCCGCUGAGCGUGCUGCGGCGGUUUGUCCCGUUAUUUUCCGUUCCCUCGGAUCGUCGCGGAUUUGGCGCAAACAAUGAGUAAACUCUCGUUCCGGGCGCGAGCGCUAGACGCCGCCAAACCGCUCCCGGUGUACCGGGACCGGGAGCUGCCGGACCGGACCGACUGCGUGUCUAUUAACCGGACCGUCCCGCAGAUGCCCACCGGGAUGGAGAAGGAAGAGGAGCUGGAGCACCACCUCCAGAGGGCCAUGUCAGCCCAGCAGGUGUUCAGGGAGAAGAAGGAGAACAUGGUGAUCCCCGUCCCCGAAGCCGAGAGCAACACCACGUACUACGACCGUCUGUACCGGGGAGAGGUCAGCGUCCCCAAACAGCUGAUCCACAUCCAGCCUCUGGGUGUAGACGCGGAGCAGCCAGACUAUGACAUGGACUCGGAGGACGAGAUGCUCCUUAACCGACUGAAGAGGAAGACGGAGAUCAGACCGCUGCAGUUUGAGACCAUGGUGGACCGGCUGGAGAAGGCCAGCGCGCACCAGCUGGUGUCUGUGGCGGAGGCGAAGCUGCUGCUGAAUGAGGAUGACUACCUGCUGAAGGCAGCGUAUGACUACUGGGUGAGGAAGAGGAAGAACUGGCGAGGGCCGUCCCUGAUUCCUCACGUUAAGCCGGAGAGAAGAGACGGCUCCACCAACAGCGACGCCUACGUGGCCUUCAGGCGCAGGACGGAGAAGAUGCAGACCAGGAAGAACCGUAAGAAUGACGAGGCGUCGUACGAGAAGAUGCUGCGUCUGCGGAGAGAGUUCAGCCGGACCGUCAGCAUCCUGGAGAUGAUCAAGAGGAGAGAGAAGUCCAAGAGAGAGCUGCUGCACCUCACGCUGGAGGUGCUGGAGAGGAGGUACCAGAUGGAAGAUUUCAGCGGAGAGACCCUGAGAGAGGUUUCUCUCCCUCUGCUGGAGAAAUCAGCGUACUGCAGCCCGGCUGCUCUGAACAACAGCAGCCGACACAACAGUGACGUCAACAUCAAGAAGAAGCCGCUGUGCGUUCGAGACGAGUUUCCCUUCGACCCAGUCAGACCACAGAAGAAGAACGUGAGGCGGGACAGGAAGUGUCCUCCCCAGAGACGUCCCGGCCGCCCCCCCGCUGUCUUCACCGUCAACAUGGCCGACAUCAAACAGUACGACUUCCACAGCUCUGGAGAGGACGACUCGCCCCCCCCACUGUCUCCCCCAUCUUCCCCUGAUGAAGAAAAUCAUCCUGACGGAGUUUUUGUCUUCAGGAGAAAAGAUGGAUGUCAGUAUUUCUCUCCUCGUACGGAGCAGACGGGUGGAGUUGAUGACCUCGUCCCUCAGUGUCUUCGUCACUCUCUGGCUGAACUCACGCUGCCUCCUCAUUGGACAGGACUGAGCCGCCGCCGGAUAGGACGAGGGGGCAGGAUGGUUCUGGACCGAGCCUCCUCAGCUCUGGACCCAGUCCUGCAGCAGCUGGACUCUCUAACAGACCCAGUCUGCAGGACCAGGACCAGAACCCUCCUCAGGGACUCUCUGAGUCCAGGAAGCAGCUUCUCCUCCCUGACUGAAGUCGUGAACAGCAUCCAGACCCUGCGGAGGUUCUGCUUCAGACCCCGACGGGUCCAGGUCCAGAGGGAAGGAGACAGCAGGACCACCAGGUCCCUGCCCUGCCAUCUGUCUCCUAGCAACGCCUCAGCAGGGGGCAUCACAGAGGAGCAGUACCACAGUCAUCAGCAACAGCUCUUCCAGAUGCAGAAACAGCAGCUGGAAUAUCUGCAGAACAACACAGCACCUAACCCAUGCACAGCACAGUCCAGCAGCGAGCCUCUGGACUCUGCCAGUGCUCAGUUUGCAGCCUCGGCUGUGAUCAGCGGUCGUCUCAACGGAGAGAACAAACCAUACGGAGCCAACGGAGUUCUCCGUCCUCCAGGUCCCUCCAGACCUCCGUACUCUUCCUCCUCUUCAUCUGUCAGCAGAAGCCCCGCCCACCGCCACCGGGCCUCCACCCCCCCAACGUCUGCCUUAAAGCUCCCCAGAGAUCCUCACGAGUCGGAGCGACUUCUGAAUGGACGGACAGAGAACACGCUACCCAUGGAGGUCACAUGACCCCCCCCCCCCCUCUCUGACCGGUGAAUGUGGCGCCGUGAUCUGGCGUCAGAAUAAUCAGAACAUUUUACUGAGCGUGGAAAUUAUUAUUAUUAAUAUCAUUGUUGUUGUUGUUGUUUGUACAGUUUGUAAAUGUCUUUGAUGUAAAAUAUUUUAGUUUGUUCCUGAAGCAGAUUAUCAUCAUGUGAUAGUAAACACCUCUGUUACCGAAAACUACAAACCAUCUAGAGUCUGUAUCUGCGCUCUGAUUGGUCCAGGAUGAGUCUGUAUCUGCGCUCUGAUUGGUCCGUGAUGAGUCUGUAUCUGCGCUCUGAUUGGUCCGUGAUGAGUCUGUAUAUCCCCUCUGAUUGGUCCGUGAUGAGUCUGUAUCUCCCCUCUGAUUGGUCCGUGAUGAGUCUGUAUUCCCCUCUGAUUGGUCCGUGAUGAGUCUGUAUAUCCCCUCUGAUUGGUCCAUGAUGAGUCUGUAUCUGCGCUCUGAUUGGUCCAUGAUGAGUCUGUAUCUGCGCUCUAAUUGGUUCAGGAUGAGUCUCUAUCUCCCCUCUGAUUGGUCCGUGAUGAGUCUGUAUCUGCGCUCUGAUUGGUCCAUAAUAAGUCUGUAUCUGCACUCUGAUUGGUCCAUGAUGAGUCUGUAUCUGCACUCUGAUUGGUUAUUUAUUUCUCAUGUUUACAUUUUGUAUCUCGUCUCAUUUGUUUUCUCCAAAGAUGAAAACUGAUUUAAUUUCUUGGACUUGAAGAAGUUUUUUGUGACGUCAGGAUUCAGUUUGUUAAGGAAUCUCUUCAUGGCCUUCUGAUCAUUUAAACAUGAAAUAAUAAGAAUAUGCAUCCUGUAAAAAGAGAAGGUUUUAUAUUUUUAAAGGAGUCAGACAGACAUCAUGUAAAGACGGUCGGUUCAUUCUGUCUGAUUCAGAUGCUGAGAAAUAAAAAUACAUCAACAAAA